UGGACGGGGCCUUCCCUGUGUCACAAAACACAAACUUCUUUCGUGUUUUUUCUCUGCCAAUUCAAAUUCCUCCUUUCUCGGGAAAAUCUUCACGCUGCGUUUUCCCGGGAUUUCUCGUUCCCCCGUUCCCGCUAAUCGUUUCAGAGAUCGAAACCAGCGUUUCAAUCUCCGUUCAAUUCCCUCUCCUUUCCGUUUCCCCGCGAGUUCUCAAAGGGGAAACACAAAAAAUAACAACCCCACUAGUAUACCUUCGUUCUCUCAUUCCCUUACGACUUCAUUGUUCAAUUUAGGGUUUCAAAACCUCCUUCUGCCGUUCUUGUGCGUUGCAAGAUUCAACACAUGUGACAGCAACCUCAUAUAUUGCGAAUUUUCCUUAGCCUCGUGAGGUUUGGGUUCGAAUUGCGCGAUUUUUGGCAACGGCGUUAUCACGGGUUUAGAAUUAGGGUUUCGUGGUUCGCGAAAUCGUCGAUGUGGAUGGUUGAAGCAUCAUGAUAGUGAAGCGGACGAUGAAAACCGAAACGCCGAACCUGAAACGAUGUAAGAUUGAGGAUUCCGAGAAUGCGAUUCAGAAGAAGCGUAGGGUGACCGGUUUUUACUCGCUGGGAGUGCCAGGGGAGGCUGAAUAUUUCAGCAGUUGUUCUGGCUCAUGGAGCAGCGAAGGGUCGUAUUGGGGUGGUGGCGGUGGUGGUGGUGAGGUUCAGUCCAAUUCGAAUUCCGUUCUGUUUAAUCGGAAAACGGCGAAGGAGGCGUGUCUGCCGCCAUUACUGCGGUCCUCGCGUGGCCGCGCUCAGAAGCUUCCGUCGAGGUUCAAUGACUCGGUCCUUGACGCCGCGGAUGGAGACUUGAGCUUUGAAGAUAAUGAUAAGAGUUUUGUGGAGGAUGGAAAGGGUGGUAUUGGUGUGAAAGAGGAGAAGAGUGAUAGUGUGUGUUAUUCGUCGAGUGUGGGUAAAAGGACUGUUGUUAAGGCCGAGAGUAAUACUUCUGGGAUUAGUUUUGAGGGUGUGGACCAAAAGCCCGUUGGUGAGAAGAGGAGAGAGGUUUACAAGCCAGAGGAUUUUGCUUUGGGAGAUAUCGUUUGGGCUAAGUGUGGGAAGAGGUACCCGGCUUGGCCUGCUGUGGUGAUUGAUCCUGUCUUGGAGGCUCCAGAGUCUGUGCUCAGCUGUUGUGUUCCGGGCGCGCUUUGUGUGAUGUUUUUCGGUUAUUCAAAGAAUGGAACUCAAAGGGACUACGCUUGGGUGAAGCAGGGAACGGUCUUCCCCUUCUCGGAGUUCAUGGACAGGUUUCAGGGACAGACCCGGUUGUACAAGAGCAAACCGAGUGACUUCCGCAUGGCACUGGAGGAGGCAAUGCUGGCAGAAGAUGGUGUUCUGGAAUCACAUUUGGGAAGAGAAGAAUUAACUGGUGUAGAUGCUCAUCCUGAUGGACUUAUGGAGGCCACUGUUUCUUAUGUUGAUGGGGAAUGCUACGGCCAGGAUCAGGAUACAAGGUGUUGUGCUGGCUGUGGUCUGAUGUUUCCAUGCAAAACCAUGAAGAAAAUUAAGGAUUCAAAUGGUGCACCCCAAUUUUGUUGCAAAUAUUGUUCUAAGUUACGAAAAUCAAAACAAUAUUGUGGCAUUUGCAAAAGGAUUUGGCAUCACUCAGAUGGUGGAAAUUGGGUGUGUUGUGAUGGUUGUAAUGUGUGGGUGCAUGCUGAGUGCGAUAAAAUAUCCAGCAAAGUUUUCAAGGAUCUGGAAAAUACAGAUUACUAUUGUCCAGAUUGCAAGGGAAAAUUCAAUUGUAAAUUACCAGCAUCACAAACAUACAAGUCAAAUAUCGAAUUAAUAGAGAAUAGCCAAAAAUCUAUGAUACCCGAGAAAGUAUUGGUGGUGUGCAAUGGCAUGGAAGGCUUUUACAUCCCAAAGCUUCAUCUGGUCAUGUGCAAGUGUGGCUCUUGUGGUUCAAGAAAGCAGACACUUAGUGAAUGGGAAAAACAUACAGGUUGCAGAUCGAAAAAAUGGAAACAUAGUGUGAAAGUGAAGAGUACAAUGCUACCACUGGAAAAAUGGAUGGAAGAAAACAUUCCACUUGAUGGAAUACCUGAGCAGUUAGAUCAACAGCAGGUGCUGGCCUUUUUGCAAGAGAAGUAUGAGCCUGUUAAUGUAAAAUGGACAACAGAAAGAUGUGCUGUUUGCAGAUGGGUUGAAGAUUGGGAAGAUAACAAAAUUAUUAUUUGUAACAGAUGCCAAAUAGCAGUCCACCAAGAAUGCUAUGGGGCAAAGAAUGUUCAGGAUUUUACUUCUUGGGUUUGUAGAGUAUGUGAAACUCCUGAUGUUGAGAGAGAGUGUUGCCUCUGCCCAGUAAAAGGUGGUGCUCUAAAGCCAACGGAUGUUGAAAUGUUGUGGGUUCAUGUAACAUGUGCUUGGUUUCGACCUCAAGUUGUUUUCCAAAACCAUGAGGCCAUGGAACCUGCCAUGGGAAUCCUUAAAAUUCCUCCUAAUUCCUUUGUGAAGACUUGUGUGAUCUGUAAACAGAGCCAUGGUUCCUGCAUAAGUUGUUGCAAGUGUUCUACUUAUUUUCAUGUGAUGUGUGCAUCAAGGGCAGGAUAUACAAUGGAGUUACAUUCCAUGGAGAAGAAUGGGACUCAAGUAACAAGGAAGCUAAUAUAUUGUGCAAUUCACAGGGUUCCAAAUCCAGAUUCUGUACUGGUGGUACACACACCCCUGGGGAUUUUCUCUCCCAGAACUUCACUUCAAAAUCAGAAGGGAUGCUUCAGGGGAUCAAGGCUAAUUUUAUCAAAGAAUAUAGAGCUUAAUGAAUCUUCAACCACUGAAAAUGACUUAGUAGAGCCGCUGUCUGCGGCCAGGUGUCGUGUGUACCGAAGGUCUCCUAAUAAGAGAGCUGAUGUGCCAAUAAUUCACUUGCUGGGGGGACCCAGCCUUCAUUCUUUAGGUGCAAUAACUCAGUUGAACAUUUUUAAGGAUGCUGAUGAAUCUAAAGUAUUCACUUCUUUCAAGGAACGUCUUCACCAUUUAUGGGAAACGGAAAAAUUUAGAGUUUGCUUUGGAAAAUCGGGCAUUCAUGGAUGGGGUCUCUUUGCUCGUAGAGAUAUACAAGAAGGAGAGAUGGUUGUUGAGUAUCGUGGUGUGCACGUAAGGCGUAGUGUUGCUGACCUGAGGGAAGAAAAAUACCGUUCAGAAGGCAAGGAUUGCUAUCUGUUCAAGAUCAGUGAGGAAGUGGUAGUUGAUGCAACGAACAGAGGCAAUAUAGCACGUUUAAUAAACCAUUCUUGCAUGCCAAACUGCUAUGCAAGGAUUAUGAGUCUGGGUGAUCAGGGGAGCCGAAUUGUUCUUAUUGCCAAGACCAAUGUUUCUGCUGGUGAAGAACUAACGUAUGAUUACUUGUUUGAUCCAGAUGAGCGGGAUGAAUUGAAAGUUCCUUGCCUUUGCAAAGCCCCUAAUUGUAGGAGAUUUAUGAAUUAGGCUUAGGCAUUUUUUUUCUCUCCUUUUGAGCAAUUGCAGUUGCCAAACCCGUGAACAUUUGUCAAUUGAGCCAUUUUUUAAAUUUUUUAAAAAUAGUUUAGUAUAAUUUGUAUAGCAUUAUAUUAUUAUAAAAUAAAAUAGAAAACUUCUGAGCAAAUGAGCUGGAGGCAUUUUUGUAACUUGCAAGGAUGUUCUUCACAUUAUGACAUUUAGAGGCAAUUUACUUGAAGGCAAAAGGUGUAUAGAGAAGCACACAUGUUACAUAAUACAUUUUAGGCUUUUCAUGUGAACCCUUAGCCAUAUCUGCUGUAUUUUUUUUUCCGGGUCAAAUGCUGUAUUUGAAUUGGCCUUUGCAAAAUUAAACCAAAAUCGGAUUGGUGUUCAUUGGUCAGGACCA